GGUGCCUGCGGGCUGUGGCCCCGCCCCGGGCCGCCAUUGCAAGGCCUUGUGGGGCUGUGUGUCCUCUGCUCUCGCUCUCUCCUUCCUUUGCCGAGCAAGGCGGUGCGGCCGGCCUGACAGGGUCACCCCCGACCGAGGUCGCAUCUCCCCACAGCUAGGCAAGUCUCCGGCCGGCCCAGCCCCCAUCGCAGGCUCCCGGGCCCGGAGGGGCGGCCUGAGCUCGGGGCCUCCCAGGGGAGGGGCCUGCGUCCGAGAGAACCACUUUCAUUUCCCAGCCCCAGAGGGCUCCGCAGGCACGAUCGACCUCGAGCCAACGCGUUUCCGAGACCCCCUCCUGUCCCGACAGGGCUUCUCUCCGCGUUCCCCGGAGCCUGGCCAGGUGGAUGAACAAAGCGCACGGUCCCCAAACAGUUCACCUGCCGGCGGCCCCAACCCAGCGGGAGACGUGGACAUGAGGUUGGCAGGCCCCCUCCGCAUCGUGGCCCUGAUUGUGACCGUGGCUCUCACCUGGAUCAUAGUCAGCAUCUUCCUGGGUGGGCCUGGUAGUGGCUUCUCUCGCAUCCAGCAACUCUUCAUCAAAACAACUCCCUCCCCACAGGCCCAGAGAACUCAGUGACAGCAGGGCCAGGCCCAUGGGUCACCCCUACUGUCCCUGCCCAGAGCCGCGGGCCAGGAAGUACAAGUGCGGCCUGCCCCAGCCAUGUCCUGAGGAGCACCUGGCCUUCCGCAUGGUCAGCGGGGCUGCCAAUGUCAUCGGACCCAAGAUCUGCCUGGAGGACAAGAUGCUCAUGAGCAGUGUGAAGGACAACGUGGGUCGAGGACUGAACAUUGCCCUGGUGAAUGGGGUCAGCGGUGAGCUCAUCGAGGCCCGGGCCUUCGACAUGUGGGCAGGAGAUGUCAACGAUCUUCUGAAGUUUAUUCGGCCACUGCAUGAAGGCACCCUGGUGUUUGUGGCAUCUUACGACGACCCCGCCACCAAGAUGAACGAAGAGACCAGGAAGCUUUUCAGCGAUUUGGGCAGCAAGAAUGUCAAGGACCUAGCCUUCCGGGACAGCUGGGUGUUUGUGGGGGCCAAGGGUGUGCAGAACAAGAGCCCCUUUGAGCAGCAUGUGAAGAACAGCAGACACACCAACAAGUAUGAAGGCUGGCCCGAGGCACUGGAGAUGGAAGGCUGCAUCCCAAGGAGAAGCACGGCCAGCUAGCCAGCCAAGCGACGACCAGGCUAAGGAGGCUGCGUGUGCCUGGCCCAGGAGGAGGCAGAAGUGGUGCCAGCGCAGGGCUGAGUCCCGACCCCACACCGGCCAGGAGCGCUCUCUUGUUCAACACAUCAGGGCUCCGAGGCCGUGAGCGGUGACCUGUGUGUGACUGGUGGCGGGGACUGCGAUGGCCAGUCUCAUUGUACUCUGGCAGGGGAGCCCAGGUCCCCAUCUCCUUUUCCUAAGGCUGCUUUCCCUAGUCAGCCCCCACCCACUUCCCAAGGCCCUGGGUGCUCGCCCCCUGGCAGCACAGCCACCUGGUUGGGCAACUUCCGGAACCUCUCUGCCCAGAGCCGCUCACUGCUCUGCAGACUAGUCCUGUUUCCCACAGGUUUCCUUCCGGUGAGCCACAUCUGGCGGCCCAUGGCAGGGACCUACCUGGCUGCCUCCUGCCCCGCUCUCUGUAGGAAGGGGCCGCCUUAGAGCCUGGCUGGCCAGGGCAGUAAGGCAGUGAGCCUGGUCACGGGCCCUGGUGCAGUGGGUGGCAGCUCCUGCAGUUUGUCACAGGACCCGGCUUCUAGAUGACCUCUUAAUAAAUUGGUGCCCCAGUGGAA